AUGGGAAAGAGAAGAAGAGAAGUGGACACAGAGGACAACAGUUCUUCAGCAGUAGGGUCAACCAAAAAACCAAAGCAGGGAGAAGAUGCUCUGGAGAAGCUCCUAUCUCUUCUGUCCAGUGAGGGAUCUGUAAUUGCAGGGUUGACAUACUUACUGACUACUAUAAGACAUGAGAAGAGCAAUGAGUCGACUGUUGCUAGGCCGCUGUUGGCGAGGUAUCUGGAGAAAUUCCCAGACUGUGAACAGAUCCUCAACCCUCUUACUUGGAACAAAGAGAAGAGGACUGUGGAUGUGCUGCUGCUCUGUUUCGAGCUGUUGGAAGAAAUGCUUCUUUUCACUGCAUCUAAUGAAACAUCCGUCUCCUCAUUUCCUACCUCCACUGUGCCGUAUCACAUUAUUGGUGUGAAGCUAACACAAACACUCACGGUCAACCACCUAAGAGUCUUCUACUCGUCGUUGAUGACCUCUGUUCCGAUGCGACUGGUAGCGGCGUGCCUGAGGGUAUUGGUUGCCAUGGUGAUGCAGGGGACGGAGUCAGCUAGAGAGCUGCAACAGGUGUUCAACUUUGGAUACAAGCCUCUGGAAGUGUUUCCCAAUCGUACCAAUCCCAUACAGGGUAGGCCCGAGUCAGUGCGGACUUGCUUCAUGAACUUUGCACUCUCAUUUCUCAUUGUUGGAGACAAUGACAUCAUCAGGACCAUUUUAGAUACUAAAGGUUUCCUCUCUUCUCUGUUCAAACUCCUCCCCAAGGACCCUCCGGAGACAUUGAUGCUCUUCUUGACAACCCUUAACCAAAAGGUAAUUCAAGAUGCUGCAAUACCCAAGAAAACGAAGUCACUAUUCUUCAACACUUACGUCCUGAAACAGAUAUCUCAACUCUUAACCACACCCAUUGAUCACACCCACCAGGACGGCACGGCUGAGCUGCACGAGUAUGUGUUUGGGUUUUUACUCAAAUUGUGCACAAACUUUCAGCUGGGUAUUUGCUACAAGUGCAAAGAACGACCCGAGGGCCUGCAAAAGUCGACAAAUCCGGUGAUCCUUCAUCUUAUCUCCUCGCUGACAGGUUUUCUGUCACGCCCCCUUAUCCGUACACUCGUCCUCAAUACCCUAACGACGUGUCACGACCUUAUCAUUCCAUACGUCACUGCCAUGACAAUGAACUUCGACCCACAACCUAACUCAAAGUGGGUCUCUAGCACUGAUUUUAUCACCAAGCUCUACUCGCUACUGCCUCCUGUGAAGACCCUGCUCUGUGCUGAGUCAGCUGAUAGCCCCAACGAUGACCUGCCUCUGUCCUACCUUGAUGUGGCGGUGGAACUAACAGUUCCCUUGGUGAUAUCACGAAGUGCCCUCAGCCAUGGAUUGCAGCAACCUCUCCCUCUCGUGAAGUACCAGACGUUGGCGUUGAUGAGAGUCGUACUGAGACGUGCAGUCGAGACUAUUGGCACUGCUGUUUUGGUCAGGAGUCUGCAGUCAAUUGAUUCGUUCCUUGUGACGUAUGCUGACAGAGUGUUGAAGUGUCUGCCUGACAUCAAAACCCUCAUCUCCCUGCACCAGCAUCUAUCAAAGGGUGUGGUCAGUGGGUGUGCCCUCGAUAAGCUGGACCACAGUGAUCAGCUCAAAAACGCUGAGCUUCAAGAGUCACCAGACCUCCUCUCAGUCUGGCUAGAAGUGCUGCGGUAUUACCAGACCCUCUCUCCCACCAUCUUCCUUGUGGCCGGCUACAACCUUACCAAACUACUGCCCACGGUGGGUGGAAAGGGAAUUCCCUCUGCCGUUGUCAUGCCGACAAUUCAGCUGCUCACAGAAGCUCCAGUCGGGAGCAUUAAGUGGACACAGAAGGGAGGGUCAGCGCUGAAGAGUGUUCUGUUGCUCAUGCUCAACCCUUCAAUGGAGAUAGCAACAAUGGCCACUACCCUUGCUCACAAGCUGCUGAUUUCCAUGGAGAUGUUCAAAGGAUUAGACUGUGAGGUGGACCUGCUCCUGAUGAGUCUAAGGGAGUGCCACACCUACUCUGUUGUUGAGUUUGUGGGUGGGGCUAUAUUGGAGGCACUAAAGGAUGGAAAGGUGCCAAAUAGCACAACGGGGACCACCAGUCAUGAUAAUUCAAUGGAAGCAGUAAAAGAAGAAAUGAUGAAAGAAUCACUAGCUGUCUGUCUCUCAAUUUCACUGGACGAAAUACUAUCUGGUCCUUGUGUUAUUCCUGAUGCUAUUGUGUCACAUGAUGGCCACGCGGCCAACCAGCAGCCUAAUGGAGUGUUUCCACUACUGCCGGCACUUUUAGUAAACAGCGAUCAAGAAGAACUGAAUAGAUUCAAAGAGAAUUUUCUACAGAAGCUGUUGCUGGUCGACCCUACAAUUGCCAAAAGAAUUGCAAAGCCAUUAUCUCGAGCAGUUUUGACGAGAGCUAAUACUUGCAUUACCCUUAUAGCAGGCUGUGUGCAUUGGGAUGAGCAUGUUACCUUGGAAAUUAAUGCUGAGGCUAAAAGUCAGCUGCUUGAGAUGUGGAAUAGUCUUAGUGCAGGGAGUGCAGAUUACAAGUGCUCUGUUAGGGCUGUCUCUAUGUUACUAUGGCAACUCUAUCAAGAGGAGGAGGAAGAUGUGGCCCUGGUUGAGUUUCUGUUUGACCUACUCUCAGAAGCACUGUUGAUACUAAGGACUGUUCCUAUUGAGCACAAAACCAUCUUCAUUAACGUGUGUGAAAGCCCCUUAAUUAGAGAUUGCUUCCUUUCGGAGAAGAUGCUCCAUACAUCCAAAAGAAAACAAACGAAGAAAAUGAACCCAAUCGCCCUUCUAUUCAGUUCCAGAAUUGGACAGCUUCUAUCCAUCGGUUUGAAUAGUUUUCCCGUUCUUAAAGAUUCAAAGUGUCUUCAGGCCUGUCGAGACAAGGUCUUCACUGCAAUCACAGUUCAUUUGAGGUGCCCUGAUUCCACAAUAGAUGAGCUCCUCUCUGUGUUACUGGAUCACCUCGUGGCCACCAUUGACUCAAAAAUUGCAUCGACAUUCAUAGAAUCUAUCCUUGUUCCUCACUCAAGCAUUCACCAAGACUCAAUACCUUUUCUGGCCACUGUUAUCUCCAUCUUAUUAGAUGGUAUUUCUCUUGAAAAUGAAGGAUGCACAUUUGAGGAAUCUGACUCCACUAACCAGGAUGCUUGUGGUACAGUACACUUUAAUGAGCAAGCUUUGGAGGGCCUUGUCAAGUUGGUUAUUAUGAUCCAGGGUACCACUUUAGAUAGUAUUCUGUACACCAUCUUGAAGCAUCAGCUCGGUAGAUCACCAAAGGCGCCGUCUCUCGAUCUGAAAUCCUCACGUGAACCAAAAGUUGAUUCUAUUACCUCUAGCAUCGACUCAUUAAUGACCUCACUGUUUUCGUCUCACGUAACUACACCACAGGAAUCUUCUUUGUUGUCUCCUAGGUCUGAUCGGUCGUUAACACAGCUACUAGUUACCCCUAGUGAUACGUUCAUUGUGGACAAAUUUGAUCGAAUUUACUCUUGCCUAACCACUAACUGUACACAGAAUCUCCGAGCUAAAAAAAUCUUCGAGCAAUCGCAAAUGCAACUCAACAAACACUGCCUCCACAACGAACCUCUUACACAAAAAGUUUGUCACCUAUCGAACAAAAUUCUGAAAAAACUACUGAAACAUUAUGUUGGCCAUAUCUCAACAGCCUCUGCUAACAUUAUAAACAUUCUUUUCGAGAGCUCAACUUUUUUGGUUGAUUAUUUUGAAAAUAGUUUCCUGAGUGUAGUUAGUGAACGCCUCACCACAGGAGGUACCGAAAUGGAGAUUGACUUUAGUAACGAGCAAGUGUGUAUUCUGCGUAUGUUGUUGUCGUAUCUCACGCACUCUGAGGGGAGGUGGGAGGAGGGAGCUGUCAAGAUGGCUGCUAAGCAACUGUGGAGUGUGUGCUGUGAUCUGCUGUCCUCUGUUUGCGCCAAAGAAGUACAGGACAUUUGUGCAGCUAUUAUGCAGAUGCUGUUAAACGUAAUGCCUAAAGGGCCAAAGAAGGUUGAAAAGUUGCUCCUCAAGUGGACCAAGGAAUCCACACUAUGGCCACUGCCUCAAUUGUUUCUAGCUCUCCAUUUUCCUCUCAACAUUUCCUGCCUCCCAGUUCUAGAGCAGUCCCUACGCACAAUGACCGAGCUGUUUCACACAAGAGGAAGGGAGGGACAAGAAGAGGUGGACAAGAUCUUAAAGGAAACUAUCCCUUUUGUCAAGGGUUGCCAAGAGUAUAGCAGUGACGAUACACCAAGUGCCGAUACACUCUCUCACUUCAUGCACAGUGCACUCAAGUAUCGCUUCACUUGCUCGUUGACUAUGAAACUUCUAUCCUGUUUAGUCAAAUUACUCAACAAACAAGGUGGUGGGUGUGGCUUUGAUUUGGAUACACUGUUUGAGAGGAUGUGGUCUCAUUCCAAGUUCAUUCCUGUCAUGUGCCAGUCGCAUGACCAGGAAGAAGACAAUGAAUCGACAGAGACGUUGAAAGAGUGUCUGAUUGAGCUGUUAGUGACAGUAGUGGAGAGUAGGCCAUCGUUAGGCAACACAUCUCAUGUCCCUCUCCUGAUGAGUGCCUACUCUGCCAGUAGGAGCAAGUCUGAUCGAGGGAUACUCUAUCUGCUGUUUAAGUACGAGGAAGCUGGUGUCUCAGUGAACAAGCACAAGCCUCUCCUAUGGGGACCGGCUGCUGUGGAACAUUAUAAACAGAGACAGGAAAUGGGAUGGUUGCUGUGGAAACAGCCUGGCGUACAGGAAGUGAUCGGACAAUUAAAAAGAGAUUUGCUAAGUGAAUCGAUUCACAACUUCUCAUCAAACACACCUAUAAAGCCAGUCAACCCUUUCUCUGAUGAGCGUGGUCUCGACAGUCGAGUUGAGCUUUAUGAUCCAUGUUUCCUUCUUCCAUUGCUGACAAAUCAACUUGAUACAAGCAACUUGGUCGAUUGCCGGCGGUUUAUUGACUCUGGUUGUCUUGGUUACCUGAUUACUGCCCUGAGCUCGAGAGUGGAAGGUGUGCGUACCAUAGGUGGGUGUGGUCUGGAGCUGUUUGUGGGUCAUUUGGAGGGGAGCAGGUUUAGAGAAAAGACACAGGUAUCCCUACUACUGGAGGUACUGAGGAACACCCUCUCUGAGAAAGAUGUUAGGCUGCCCACUAUUUUCACUGCCUUCUUCAGUACCACUGCCUCCCUACUCUUGCACCCUGAAAGUCCUCUGUACUCCGUGGUGACUCGCUUCCUGGUAUACAAGCCGGCACUGGGACUGGGGGAAAUCCCUAUUUUGAUGACCAUGCUGCAUAGCUCUAGUAUCGAGCACAAACUGGAGAGAGUGUGGAUUCUGCAAAUUCUAGUGAAUGGUAUCCGUAGCAACGAGGACUACUCCCUUUAUCACAGAAAGAGAAUGUUUGAUCAUUGUCUAUCUCUCCUUGUAACAGGGAUGACUGGGAAGAGGGAUCAGGCUCUGAUUUUGGACUUAUUGUUGACAGGUGUGUCAAUACCUGAAGUUGCCAUGGAUCUCGUAAUGAAUAAAGGGUUAAUGACAACAUUAGAACUUGUUCGGCCUAUAAUUACAUCUUAUUUGUAAAUAAUCCUUAUAGAGCCAAUCUGUCUGAGAAAAGUGUAUAAUUUUAAUAGUAAAGUUAACUUAUAUAUAA